AACCUCGAUCCACCGUGAGUGGACACGUUGCCCCCAUAUUAUGUCAAUAAAUUUCAUCUAUAUAUAAUAACCAGUUUCAAUGUAAAGUUAUGAGUUAACGUCCCAUUGAGGUCCUUGAUAGUCUCAAAUAAUCCCUUCUGCUUUAUUUUUCAGGCUAUUAAGAAUGGUCAAGUUUUGCUUCGUCGCAUUAGCUUUGCUGGUGGCGUGCUGUGCCGUUCAAGCAGCUCCUUCCUACGAUGACGUAGAAGCUGCCUGGGAAAAUUUUCAGGCUCAUUAUCCGCAAAAGAAGGAUGCAUCACCCCAAAAAAUUGCAAAGCGUAAAGCCAACUUCAUCAAAGCUCAUGCUAUGAUCGAGAAGCACAACAAAAUCAAGAGUGUCACUUUCCAGAUGGAACAUAACAAAUUCUCCGCAAUGGAUGAUGACGAGAAAAAGCAGUACAAUGGAGCACGUCCUCCACCGCAUCAUGAAGGUUCGAAAUUCAUAAAUGUUGAUGAAUCAGCCGUAUCUACAAGACAACUGCCCGCUAGCCUGGACUACCGUACCGACAAAUGCUUGGCAUCAGUUAAAAACCAAGGAUCGUGUGGAAGCUGCUGGGCUUUCACUGCUAUUACGCCACUAGAAUUCGCGCAGUGCAAAAAAACCGGCACACCUGUUGUUUUGAGCGAGCAGCAAUUGGUUGAUUGCGAUACUAGCAAUGGAGGUUGCAAUGGUGGUUGGUACACGUCGGCUUGGUACUACCUAAAGAAUGGAUGUGCAAAACAGUCACUCUACACUUACACCGCUACCAAAAACACCUGCAAGUAUACUUCUGCCAAUUCAGCAGCCACAGUCUCUUCCUACGGUUCCGUCAUCUCUAAUAGUCCCGCAUCUAUGCAAUCAGCUCUGCAGAAGUACGGCCCUCUUGCAGUGGCCAUCACUGUCGUCAAUUCUUUCUACUCCUAUAAGAAUGGGGUGUACAAUGAUGUGGCAUGUGACAACCUGGGUGUGAAUCACGGUGUAGUCGUUGUAGGCUGGGGCAGCCUCAACGGAAUCCCUUACUGGAUCGCUCGCAACUCAUGGGGAAGUUCUUGGGGAAGCUCUGGAUACAUUCUUAUGCAACGUGGUGUCAACAAAUGCAGCAUUGAGAAGCAUCCCGCCGUCAAUUGUAUCCGUUGUUUAAAAUCAAGGCUCUUCAACUCCUACUAAAGGCUAUAAAAAUAUGAAAACCAGUUGAGUUUGAAGUCCGCACUUUUAUUGAUCAUUUGUUAACCCUUUGCCUAUAAGUAAAGGAUUUAUAUAACAUGAAUACUUUGGAAACUAAUAUAUUAUAAUAUAAAUUGGAAACAAAAA